CGGGAUGCGGUGUUUUCUUUCAAGUGCCGAUGAACUGACAGCAGAUCAAGUGAUGUGAAGUUUGUGUUGCGUCACAACGGGGAUGUGAGCGCGAGCGACUCCACACACGUUGACGCGUGGCGCAGUGUGGAGAGGAUCCGCGCAUUCACCUCUGUCUGUGAGGCUGAACUGAGGAUAUUCCACGCGUAACGCGUUUGCUUUACUUCUCAUUUUCUGCACAAUAGUCCAGUGGGGUAUCGUCACGACGUCUUACCGUUUCUCAAGGAGUAUCUUGGAUAUCCGGAGGCAGAAAAUAGGAGAAAGAAUUCCUCUGUGGCAGUUGCACCUGUGAAGCGCGCUCGUCUCGUCUCUGGCAUUGUGGAAUGGCUAGAGAGAUGCUGUUACAGUGGCAGACGCGAAGAGGCUGAAAACUGUGGGAAGUCAAACAGGACUCAGAGGUUCAAGUCUGGACAAAGACGGCAUUCUAUUUACCCUCAAUUGAAUGUGAGCUCUCGCUGACCUCUAAUAUUUAAAAUGGGGUUGUCAUGGAAACUGCUGGUGCUGCAAUUAUUCAUGGGAUGCCUUUCAGACGGCAGCGGUCCUCUGAGGCCAGUGUUCACCAAACAGCCGGGAAGUAUUGUAUUCCCUCUCCAUCUUAAUGAGCCCAGCCGGGAUGUCACCUUCAGCUGUGAAGCCCAGGGACAUCCGCCCCCGUCCUACAGGUGGAAAAUGAAUGACAGCUUCAUUUCCCCACAACCUGGCUCUCGAUACAGCAUCUCAGGAGGAAACCUUCGAAUCAGCCAGCUCAAUAAGGAAGAAGAUGCUGGUAUUUACCAAUGCCUGGCCUCCAACUCUUUCGGGACCAUUCUCAGCAGAGAAGCUAGUCUUCACAUUGCUUAUCUGGAGGAGUUUAAAACCCAGAGGAGAAGUCCAGUGAGUGUCAGAGAGGGACAAGGUGUGGUUCUUCUCUGUGGGCCGCCAGCGCAUAUGGGAGAGUUGACCUUUUCUUGGAUCUUCAAUGAAUAUCCCUCAUUUGUGAAGCAGGACACACGGCGCUUUGUGUCACAGAAAACAGGCAACCUGUACAUAGCUAAAGUGGAGCCGUCAGAUGUGGGAAACUACACUUGUGUUGUGACUAACACUGUGACCCAAAGCAGAGUGCAGGGACCUCCCACGCCGCUUAUACUCCGCAGUGAUGGCAUUAUGGGAGAAUAUGAGCCAAAAAUUGAGGUCCAAUUUCCAGAAGUCUUGGCUGUUGCCAAAGGGUUGACGGUCAAACUGGAGUGCUUCGCCUUGGGAAAUCCAGUACCUGCUAUUAGCUGGAGAAGACCAGAUGGAGUUCCUUUUCCCAGAAAAGUGGACAUUAGCAAAUCCAGUGAAGUGCUGGAGAUCCCAUAUUUCCAACAGGAAGACGCAGGGCCGUAUGAAUGCAUAGCUGAGAACUCAAGAGGCAAAAACACAGUGAAGGGUCGGCUCUCCUUCUAUGCUCCCCCUCAUCUGGUGGAGAAGCCUCAGGAUGUGCAGAAAGCCAUUGAUGAAUCUCUGCUGUGGGAGUGUAAAGCGAGCGCCAAGCCCAAACCCUCCUACAGGUGGCUGAAGAACGGAGAGCCGAUCGAGUCCUUGAGGUGAGACAGAAUCCAGGUGGUAAACGGGGCACUAUCCAUCAGCAGUCUGACCCUGUCAGAUACUGGGAUGUACCAGUGUAUCGCUGAGAACCGUCAUGGCCGGGUGUUUGCCAACGCUGAACUCAGAGCCAUUGCAGUGGCACCAGAUUUCUCCAAUAGUGUGCUAAAGGCACAGACAUUGGCUCGGCAGGGUGGCGAUGUUUUGAUUGAGUGCAGGCCUCGCAUGUCCCCACGCGGGAUGAUCUCCUGGAGGAAGGGCAAAGAAGCCUUGCGAGAGAGCCACAGAGUCUCCGUGCUGGAUAAUGGCAGUCUCCGGAUAUCCAACAUCACCAAACUAGACGCAGGUCUUUACACUUGUGUGGCGAGAAACCAGUUUGGAGUGGCAAGCAGUGCAGGCACACUAGUGGUGAAAGAGCCAACCAUCAUCACUUCUAAAGCCAUCCAGCUGGAUGUUACAGUCGGAGAGAGUGUUGUUAUUCCAUGCCAGGUGUCUCGUGACCCCUCCCUGGACGUGAGAUUCACAUGGUUUUUCAACGAGCAGUUGAUCAAUUUUGGAAGCCAUGGGGGGUAUUUUGAAAAAGUUGGUGGGACAUCUGCUGGGGACGUUAUGAUUCGUAACAUUCAGCUAAGGCAUGCAGGAAGGUACACAUGUGCUGUACAGACUAAAGUGGACAGUGCAUCUAUAGCAACAGAUGUUGUGGUACGAGGUCCCCCUGACCCACCGCUGGACAUCAAAGUUGAUGAAGUGACAGAGACAACAUCCUUUGUGUCCUGGAGUCCAGGCCCUGAUAACCACAGUCCUGUCUUUGCUUACAACAUUCAGAUCCGAAGCCCCUUCUCUCUCGGAUGGCAGGCAGCCAAAACAGUGCCAGAGUCUCUGGGAGGGCAACAGCUGACAGCUCGUGUGGUUGAAUUGAGUCCAUGGGUUGAAUAUGAGUUCAGAGUGCUGGCCACUAAUUCCAUAGGCACCGGGGAACCCAGCAAACCCUCACGAAAAAUCAGGACCAAGGACACAUUGCCAAGGACGACCCCAGCCAGAGUCAGCGGAGGAGGUGGAAGUCGCUCUGAGCUUGUCAUCACUUGGGAGCCAGUCCCAGAAGAGUUGCAGUGUGGUCCAGGGUUCGGCUAUGUGGUUGCUUUUCGCCCUCUUGGUAGUCAAAGCUGGAUGCAGGCAGCCGUGACGUCUCCUGAUGCAUCUCGAUACAUCUUCAAAAACGAGAGCAUCCCUCCAUUCUCUCCAUUUCAUGUGAAAGUGGGAGUUUACAACAACAAAGGAGAAGGUCCUUUUGGGCCUGUGACCACUAUCUACUCAGCAGAAGAGGAGCCGAGUCGUGCCCCCAGCCGCAUCCGUGCCAAGAGCCUGUCAGCCUCAGAAGUGGAGGUCAGCUGGAAGCCUUUACCAUGGAGCACCAGUAGGACACGCAUAAUGGGCUAUGAGCUGAGGUACUGGAGUACAAAGGACAGACCGGAUACAGCUAGUCUGAUGAGGACUGUGGGAAACAGGACAUCUGCGGUCAUUCGUGGACUGGACCCCAGCAGUACAUACCACAUCAAACUCAAAGCCUAUAACAGUGCUGGUGUUGGACCUGAUAGUGCUGUGGUGAACGUCACCACUAAGAGACCCCCGCCGAGCCAGUCUCCAGUGAAAGUCAUGUGGAAUACUACAGACUCCAAACUCAUCCUCAAGUGGGAUCAUGUGAAGGCUCUGGAGAAUGAGUCUGAAGUUAUGGGCUAUAAGGUCAUGUACAAGCAAAGCAGACAGAGCCGGCCCAGCGUGGUGGAGACUAACAGCACAUCACUUGAGCUCUCUCUGCCUGUGGAUGAGGAUUACAUCAUCCAGAUUAAACCAGUCAGCGAAGGUGGUGAGGGAAGCAGCAGCAAACAGAUUACCAUCCCCAGGAUAGCAGUUGGAUUUGCCCCAGAGAGGAAAGCACUACCACAACUCAUAACACUAGUACUCUACUGUACGGUCAGGACUUUCUUAUGACAGAUGAACUGAACUGUACAGACAUCUACAAGUGGAUCCACUUGUUUUUUUCCAGUAUGUUUUACAAACGAGACUCUUCGGAUGGAAAGUUUUCCUCUCGCUUUUUUAAAAGAGGAAGUUUGCUAACCUGGUUUUGAUCACUGACACCAAAGCUGAGGGGAGUAAGAGCUAUCUCAUUGUUUUUGGAGGAAUGUUUCGACAGACCACGUGGUUUCCAACCAGAAACUGGGUAUUUAAGGGCAUAAAAUGACAUACAGUUCACGCUUAAGGAUUCGCAUACAAGGACAUCUGUGCAGUCAAGAUGAAUCCAUAUUCAUCCAUUAGACGGUUGGCAGUGGAGAACCACACAAAUGCCUUUUUCAUAGGAACCUUGAGAGUAAUAAACUCCUUUGAAGAGAAUCCCUUCUGCCAUACCUCACAGACACUUUCAUUCGAAGAACAUCAACCCAUUAAAUUAGCCGUCCUCAAAUCAGACAGAGUUUACAGUCCCCCGGUGUUGACAUGCCCCCUGUCUGUUUGAAAGACGAAGCUAAUGCUGCUGGCCUUACCUAUACAGUAAAAGAGCUCAUUGGCUGCUCGAGCUGGUUGUUCCUUCAGUCAUGCACUGAGAUCUUUGUUUUGUUAGUGUGUGUGCCUCUUUAAUGAGAAACAGUAUGUAAAAUAUCCUCAGGACCAGAACAGCCUUAAAUAGUUGUCUUGAUUUCUUUUCUUGUUUAGUUUGUUCAUUUACAAUUCCAUUAUUUGUUGAUGUAUAACAGAUAAUAUUUUGAUUGUAAAAGACCAGCUUUUCGUUUUCCGUCAAGGUGCUUUCUAGAGGUAAUAGCUGUGAUCAUUGAAAUACCUAGGUCAUAAUGCUUACUUUCCAUUUUCAAGCUGUUUAGCAUGAACUGGCUCUGUAGUGGCUUGAAAUACAGUAUUUGAAUGGACUGUCUGCUUUUAAUAAAUGAAGGAACCCAA